AUGGAGGCUCCCAGGUACCCCAACCCACCUCACACCCAGGUCCAGCCGAGCCAGCUCCCUGCCUGUACGGGGCCGCCGCUCGAAUUGCCGCUGCCCGCAGGCGCCUGGUAACGCACGGCUAGUCCGGGGGUGCAGAGGAGUGGCCGCGCCGCGGGGCUGCUCGUGGGGCUGCGCGCUGCGCCCCGCUGCUGGCCCCCUUGCCUGGGCCCCUCGGCCUGCGUGCGCACUCCCUUGGGCCAUCCGCCAUGGACACCCUCUACUCCAGGUUGCGCCCGCCAAGCUGUCCCGCCUCCCUCUGGGGUUCAGAAACCAUGGGAGGCGCGACUCAGUAGAUCCCGCGCAGGGCUCCCGGUCAGGGCGCCCCGGAGCCUGCGCCUGAAACCAAGCUGCCUGCACCGAGCAGCGGCUGGUCCCCGGUUCCUGGACCUCAGCGGAGCAGGCCAGGUUCCAGGGAAGAGGGAGGGGGCUCGGACGGCAGCAGGCUCGGGAGGUUUGAGCACGGAGCGCAGAUCCGCGUGCCCGAUGACGCCUUCCUACCUUUCAUCCCUCAUUAUAAGCGGUGGAAGGCUUUCCUGGAGCAGGGGCGGGGGUGGGGGGGGGGGGGUGCGGUAG